GCUCCCGGUUCUUCUCAACUUUUGUCCUCUGCUGGGCGGAGACACGAGGACACGUUUUGCACGCGCACGCACGCACGCGCGCGCACACCCCUCCUCUCUGACUCCAGGAGACUCCCCAUCCAUCCGUCCAUCCAUCCGUCCGUCCGUCCGUCCAUCCCGGCACACUGCGCCGGAACGAGGCACCGCACCUCCGCCUUCUCCGCCCUUCCUCGCGCGCGCAGACGGGUGAGACCCUCCGGCUUCGUGCCGGCGGAGGAGAUGUCGGUUCGAGUCUGAUGGGUUUUUGUUCUUCUUGCGCCCGAUGACGAAACUGGGCACGUUCCGGCUGCGUUGAGACGGGCGCCGGGAUAAACAGGUGAACCACAGGCAGGACUGCAACACAAACAAAAGGCCUCGACUCUUUUCGCUCUGGGCAUGGCGGAGAACGCGGCGCCAGCCCCCCCCGCCUGGGCCGGUGAGGAACAACCGCCGGUGCCGGACCAGGGGGACGGUCUGCUGAGCCAAGUCGCCGUGUCCAUGCCGUGUCUCCCCGUCGGCGGCGAACCGGCGGCCCUCAGCGACGGCGGCAGCAUCAGCAGCCCGGUCGGCACGCGGCCCCCCCGCAGCAAAUCCAAAGGCGAGCUGGUGAUCGUCAUCAACGAGAAGCUGAGGAACAGCAACGGGAUCCACCAAACGGGCGCUGAGUGCACAUCUCCGGUCGUCUGCUCCCCUCCCAGAAGGCAGCACUCCAUCUCGUACCCCCAUCACAACAAGACCAGGAAGGGAAGCAGGGCGAGCUCCAUCGGCUACACCGCCUUCACGCCCAGGCCGUCAAUCUCCCGCCACUCCAGCAUCGCCACCACCCCCCCCAUAGACCGCACCAAGGUCAAAGACUACCUCCUGCUGUCGGUGCUGGCCUGCUUCUGCCCCGUCUGGCCCAUCAACAUCGUGGGAUUUGUCUACGCCGUCAUGUCCAAGAACAGCCUCGAGCAGGGGAACCUGGACGGCGCCGUGCGCCUGGGACGCGUGGCCAAGAUGCUCUCCGUGGUGUCCCUCGUGGGAGGGACGCUCAUUAUCAUCGCCUGCAUCGUCAACCUGGCCAUAAAUGUGAAAACCUGAGUUUCAUCCCAGGAUGAAACUGGAUAAGGCAACUGACCGUCUGGCCCGCACCUGCAUCACCGUCUCUACCGCCUAGUCAUUACCUGGAUGUGUGACAAAUAUGCACCCGAUAUACAGUGCUUACUUGUGUUUCUGUAAUCUAUAUAAAUCUCUUUUUGCUAAUGGAAGAAAUAUGGGGAGGGGUUGUCUGAUGGAGAGGCGAGCAGACCGUCUAAUCAGCCCCUUCGUAUUCUGGUCAACGCAUUCAGAACAAUUCUUGAGAAGAGCUUUCCAUCAUCACCCGCUCCCCCCCAAAAACCGACUCCGACAAGGUGGACUAGACUCUGUUGAGACCAGCGGAGGCGGUCCAGGAAACGGGAAGGAUCGCCUCCCGUCCACAGCGCCACACACAACAACGUGUCCGUCCUUCACUGCGGCCACCGACAGGACGCAUCCGAGCUUCAGCCCACCGCUAAAUCCCCUUCGGACACACACACACGCACACGCACACACACAGGCUCUGGGAUUUGUGGUUCCUUUGGAAACGCGGAGCAGAAAUCCACCCGAUUCCCUCGCAGAGAAGCUGCACUUUGAGUGGCAGCGCAUCGCCUCGUUUCUUACUCUCCUCCGUGGUUCUCCUGCACACACACACACACACACACACACACACACACACACACACACACACACGUCUGGUGUUUGAGAGGAAAUGUGGGCGGCAAAAGAGGAUGGAAAAAGAGGCUUAUCAAGCUACCGGGUGCUACGGGAUUAUGGGAGAGUCUCCCACGGAAGGCAAAUGUGUGCCAAAUCAAAUGUGGAGCCAAAGUAGCUCGUUUUGUAAAGACUCAAAUGAUCACAGUAAAGUUUUUCUGCUCUGCUGCAACUUUACUGCAUAUCCGCUGUGAGCACUGUGAGCCGGGUACAUGCACACACACACACACACGCGCUCUGUAGCAAGACACGCACUCUGCAGUGACGCCAAUAAUCCAUCACCUUUUGAUAAUGUUUGGAAUCGGAACCCGGUAAUGUGAUGCUCUUGAUGACUGAGGUUGCCGGAUGAUGGUAGCAUCGCGUAUGCGUGUGGGAAUCAAUAUUUGGUUAACAAAUGAAAUAGCUUGUGAUUGCAGGCAGAGGCGGCGGCUGAGGCCUCAGUCCGCCUCCACAGGAGCAGCAGCCGGUCAAACCAGGCUUAUUGUGGGUUUGUUUUGUCCCUUUAGAAUCCCUAAACUCCUUAAUUAUCAUUUGAAUUUGUAAAACGCUGGUUAAAAAGGGUUUUAAAGGUGUGAGAAAUGAAAAGCAGAAUGCUGACGCCUUCUCUUGACUUAUUAUCAUUACGUUAUUCUGAUUCUAUAUUUCCUAUGUAUCCCUGAACUAACCUCCAAUCUUAAUCUACCUGUGAUUCUCACUGUGAUCUCAAACUACGGGGUUUCAGGAACAACGGAUAAAACUGCUUAUUUAUUAUACCGUAGAUUAUUAAUCUAGAAACAGAAAUCAUGUGCUCAGACCUGCAGGAAAUGUUCUGCAAUGAUUAAGUGUGAAGGUUUUCCUCUUACCACUUAACAUGUAAAUUCUAUUGUAAUCAACAGUUGAUGUGUUUUGCAGAUUUAAAUCUCAAUACUGUGAUAAUUCUGUAGUUGAUAUGAGUUAGCGUUGAGUAGAAAUGGUCUAACGUAGGCACAGGAAGCGAGCGUCUUUGUGUCUCCACCAGGCUUCUAUAAUCUCUGUGGUUAUUGGCAUGUUGUGGAUUUUUAAGAAUGUUUGACGAUAGAAGGUACAGAUUAUAAAGAUUGACUGGCAUUUGUAAUAUUAUACUUCUGCAGCACAUUCAUAAUAAAGACAAAAUGCAUGCAACGCGUUUCAUUGUGUUUUGCAGAGAUGAGGCGCGGCCUUGUUUUGGCGAGGAGGAACCGGGUCUCAGAAGUGAGCGAGUAGUUUAGCAGAGGAGCUAAAGUAUUAAUGUAGCUGUCGUGAACUGUUACGGAAGGGAUUGGAAGUGCGUGCCGUUGUCGGGCAGCGGGGAAGAGCUGAAAGCAGGAGGAAGACGCCGCGAGCAGAGGAAAUAUAAUUAGAGCUCAACUCUCAGAUGAUUCCAGCUAAAAAGCAAAGAGAAAGACGAACCUCAUUUCGCUCCUUGAAGUUUUUUAAACCCGUAAAGCUAAAUUGCCCAUUUACACAGACGUGUUCAUUAAUGGAAUUCCUAACGGAAGGUGUUGGUUGAUGGCCGACGUACGUUAACAGCGUUUAUCCUCACGUUUAAACCAGCAAUAAUGAUUUGAACUGAAUGCCGAUGUGAUGCUGGUUAAUAGUUAGCAUGCUGACGCGUGUUCGUAGCGCUCAGCGGAGAGUUCCUGGAGGCCGCUGAUAGAAAAUUAAUUGGGGUCAGAGGUCACCUCCGGGGUAAUUGUACAUGGUCGUUGUGUUUUUAGAUGGGACUGAUUGCUGGUAAGUGACAUCAUGUGUUCUCUAUAGGCAGGAGGUGUCUUAUGUUGGCGCGUUUAGUGUUUGUUUGGUGUUUAAGCGUUUUUUAAAAGUGCUAACAAGUAGCCGAAUGAGACCACACAACGUCCUCACGCCUCGAUGUGAUCACGUGACCCUGAAGAUGUUCCUCUAAACAUCCUAAAUCAAGUGAGUGCCGUCGUGUUGUUCCUGAGCCAUCGUGAAUAGUACCAGCCAAACGAUUUCUUUUCACCUUUUCAUUUUAUUGAAUUAUUUUUUCUGAUUUGAAAUCAUAUUCAAGUCGACCUCUUGAUUAAAGCACAGCUGUGGAAAUAACAAUUAGCUUGAGAAAGAGAAGUUUUGAUCCCAGUGAAGUGAGUAAAAUGAACUGAACACGCAAAAUAUACAUUCAGUGUAUAAAUGAACUCCCGUCGCAUUUUGCGUAAAGCAACAUUUUCUUUGCUCGCAGAGAUGAAAAAUCGACUCCUCUUGCAGAAAUAUGACAGCACUCACAAAGUCUGACCGCGGCACAUUUCCCCACGCCGAUGUUUUGACAGUAAAAGAUACUUUUCUUUGUACUCAGCUGAUUUAAAGUAAGCAUUCAGCGGCCCUGCGGAGCACCAGCACGCGGAGUCCCGUCCAGAUGCAUGAAGUGGGUCAGGGAUUAUCCAGCCGGGUCACAGUGAGUCAGCUCGCCGGCGUUUGGACGCAUCGUGACCAUCGGGGAGAUACUGACACACACCGACCUGUGGAGAGCGAAACCAUGACGAGUGUGAGCCGAAGCUUCGUGGGAGGGUUGUGGGUUCUCUAUUUUGAGAGAGGAAAGUGGAAAUAUGUUUGAAGUUACUGAUAAUGUUAUAAUUGAAUGAAGCUCCAAUCAACGUGAUUUGUUGCAUCUUUCCUUUAAGUGGAAAUGUCGUGGAAAAAAGGGUGUUUUCCACAACACCCUUUUUGACUUUGACUUUUCAGAGUGGGAACAUCACAGGUUACUCACAUUAAAAAUGUUCAGUUCUAUUCAGAAAACAGAUUUUGCAAUAUUCACUAAUGUUUCCUAAAUUACAAGACUAAUGCAAGUAAACAGAAGUGUUGUUUUUACAACUUCAGAAUGAGGUAAUUGUCCAAUCUGCACAAAUAAUUGCCACAACACGAUGCAUGUGAAGAAGCAGCAGCUGACGUCUGAAGUGCAAGGCAAAUACUUGCACUUCUAAUAGUUUCUCUAUGACAUGAAUUAACCCUAAUGCAUUUAUUGUUAUAAAACAAAGAAUACAGUGCAUUUGGUGUAGAGUACAGUGCGACAUAAUGUGCUUCUGGCAGCACAUUGUGUGUGUUCCCGCUCAGCAGCGAUGCUCGUCCCUGCACAGAGGACACGGCUUUGUUGUAAAUAAAUGUUUGUGGCUUUGCAGCGAUCUGCUAAUCCACUGGAUUAUAAAAUUAAUCCUCCCUGAGUUAAAAUAACUUCCAUUAUUUAAGAGUUAUAUUAGUCUGUCUGCAUCACUAAAAACAACUUAUUUUAGAUCGUUGAACAGAUUCUAAUGUGCAAUCUGCCUCCGUGCAGCUUCUCAAGAGACCUGUCCUUGUUUUAUUAUUAUUAUUAUUAUUGUCCUGCUCCAUCGCUCUGUUUACUCUUUCAAAAUUGCUUCAUAAAUUUAUAGAUUUCUCACAUGUGAAAAACUCCAAUUUCAGCAUUUUUCAACAUUUGUAACAUGUCGAUUUUAAGGUUUAAGAUGUUUCUGGUCAGAGGAACGGUGCUUUUCUUGUCAAUGAAUUUGGGUAUUUUAUUCUCUUAUUAAUCAUAUUUAUAUGCUCAUCUCUGGCAUUUGUCUGUCAGGGCGAGGAAACCCUGACUAAAAUAAACACGAGUACGCGUC